CCAGCCCGGCCCGGCCCGACCCGCCUGGUUCCGGUGUCGCCGCGGCCCGCCGACUGCGGACUCGCUUUCUGGUGUCUCUGCUGGACCGCAGGUCGAUGCUCAGCCCUGACCCACGCCGGCCGGGUGAUUAAUAAGCCUUAGUCACCGCCUUAGAAACUGCAUUUCUGUCCUACUCCGGAGAUGGCCGCCCAGUGUGUGACGAAGGUGGAGCUGAACGUGUCCUGUGACAAUCUUCUGGACAAAGACAUCGGGUCCAAGUCGGACCCUUUGUGCGUGUUAUUUUUGAACUCGAGCGGACAGCAGUGGUAUGAGGCGGAUCGCACAGAGAGGAUUAAGAACUGCCUGAACCCCACCUUCUCCAAGACGUUCAUUAUUGACUACUACUUUGAAGUGGUUCAGAAAUUGAGGUUCGGGAUUUAUGACAUCGACAACAAGACCAUCGAGCUGAGUGACGACGACUUCCUGGGAGAAUGUGAAUGCACCCUGGGACAGAUCGUGUCCAGUAAGAAGCUGACGCGCCCGCUGGCGCUGAGGAACGGCAGGCCCGCGGGGAAGGGCAGCAUCACGAUCUCAGCUGAAGAAAUCAAGGAUAACAGAGUGGUCCUGUUUGAAAUGGAAGCAAGAAAACUGGACAAUAAGGACCUGUUUGGCAAGUCGGACCCUUACUUGGAGUUCCACAAGCAGACGUCGGACGGAACCUGGCUCCUGGUGCACCGAACAGAGGUUAUUAAAAACAACCUGAAUCCUGUUUGGAGGCCUUUUAAAAUCUCUCUUAACUCCCUGUGCUACGGAGAUAUGGAUAAGACUAUUAAGGUGGAGUGCUACGACUAUGACAGCGACGGCUCCCACGACCUCAUCGGGACGUUCCAGGCCACCAUGACGCAGCUGAAGGAGGCCUCCCGGAGCUCCCCGGUGGAGUUUGAGUGCAUCAACGAGAAGAAGAGACAGAAGAAGAAAGGCUACAAGAACUCCGGCGUCGUCAGCGUGAAGCAGUGUGAGGUCACGGUGGAGUGCACCUUCCUGGACUACAUCAUGGGUGGAUGCCAGCUGAACUUCACCGUGGGGGUGGACUUCACCGGCUCCAAUGGGGACCCGCGGUCCCCCGACUCCCUUCAUUACAUCAGCCCCAACGGUGUGAACGAGUACCUGACCGCCAUCUGGUCCGUGGGGAUGGUCGUUCAAGACUACGACGCGGAUAAGAUGUUCCCGGCGUUUGGGUUUGGAGCUCAGAUUCCCCCUCAGUGGCAGGUGUCGCAUGAGUUCCCCAUGAACUUCAGUCCGUCCAACCCCUACUGCAAAGGGAUCCAGGGCAUCGUGGAGGCGUAUCGGGCCUGCCUGCCUCAGAUCAAGCUAUAUGGACCGACGAACUUCUCCCCGAUCAUCAACCACGUGGCCAGGUUUGCUGCUGCAGCCACACAGCAGCAGACGGCUUCCCAAUAUUUUGUGCUCCUGAUCAUCACCGACGGCGUGAUCACCGACCUGGACGAGACCAGGCAGGCCAUCGUCAAUGCCGCCAAGCUGCCCAUGUCCAUCAUCAUAGUCGGAGUGGGCGGCGCCGACUUCAGCGCCAUGGAGUUCCUGGACAGCGACAGCGGGGCCCUGCGCUCCCCGUCGGGAGAGGUGGCCAAUAGAGACAUCGUGCAGUUCGUGCCUUUCCGACAGUUCCAGAACGCUCCCAAGGAGGCGCUGGCCCAGUGUGUCCUGGCCGAGAUCCCCCAGCAGGUGGUGGGCUACUUCAACACAUACAAGCUGCUUCCCCCCAAGAACCCUGCGACCACCAAGUGAAGGUCUGCCCCCCGACCAUGACCAGCCACAGCGCUUCCUGUCCCCCGGCAUUUAUGCUGUAAACCUAGUUCUCUACGGUUCUUUCUACUUCAAGCGUUUUUUAUACUUUCUGGAGGAAGAGUGCUAAGUUAAUCUUUACCCAAUCAGUUCAGUGGUUGCUUCUGACCGGGGGCUGCAGUGAGGCUGUCUGGAGGAGACACUCCCUGAGGAACGUGGUUUGUUGUGACUGUACUUUCAUAGGAUGAGCUGCCGUUUCCAAUGGUUCCCAGUAGGAAGAAUGGAGCCUGUUGGGCUGUGUGAUUCCAGGUUUCUGUGCAACAAGCCCCACCUCGGUGACAAGUUCCUGUAACGGUUCAGUGCUUCUCCAGGGCUAAUCUCGGUGCAUUCCCGCUGGCCUGCUGCAGGCGCUGAGGGACCGGCCACACACCGUCCCUGUGGCCCAGCCUGUGCCUGUGCCUCACGCCAGCAGCUGUGCGUGUCACCCCAGACCGCUCUGCCUGCGGACGCUGUCCGCAAGCCCAGGGUCUGCAUGUGUGCGCCACGGCUUGUCCUGGAGUCCCCGUUGUCGGAGCGUUUUCCUGGGAGGUGAAAUGCUGAGCUGCUCUGCUGGGAGCUGUGGGACCAAACCAGCACUCCUUCCUCUCGCGGAUGGGCCGCUGCGCAUUGGGAGGGACGGUGUCAGACCUUGCUUGCUGAGGCCCCUUACGCUGAUUUGUACAUAUUCACUUAGGCAUUUUUCCUUUUUUUUGAGUAACAUUUUUAGUUUGAUUUUUAAACUCAUGAUAAUCAAAUCACACUUCUCAUAUAAUGUGCUGUGUUCUAAGCCCAGCAAGUACUGUAUUAAGCAUAAAACCUGGUGUAACUUAAAAAAAAUCUAGCUUCUGCCUUCGGAUAUAGUGGACUUUACAUGCUUUUUUAAGGAUAGAAUUUUCCCCUAUGUUUACCCUUUAGAACAUGUUGCUUAGCAAACACGGUCCCAUCAGAAGCCCAGGACCUCACGUGCCCGUAGAUCGCAAUCAUCUUUAACUUCAAUGUUAAAACUGUGUGUGGAUCACAGUCCUCAGGAGAAUGGCUGUGCUGACAGGUCAGCGCAUGUCCCCGGCUCUCAGACAUGUAAGAGGACGCGGCCCCCAGCAGGGAGCAGCCCUGUCCGUGUUCUGGUUGCAGCUCUGUCUGCUUGGAAGCGGCAGAGAGGUUCCUGGUUUCAUUUCCUUUUGAACCCACGUGGCCCCUCUUAACUCCCAGACCCUAAGUUGCUCCUGCAGCGACAGCACCACCUGCAGGGGGCGCUGGGGCCGCCAGCAUGAGGGCUCAUUGGUCCCUCGCUGAUCACAGUCCUCACACCAUGGCCAGCUGCCUGGGGCUCACACUUUCAUAUUCUGGUUUUAAACAGAAUAUUUCCUUUUAAAAAUAGAUUUUUAUUAUUCAUUCUUGACCAGGUUCAUCACUAGAUGCUGUUUCUCAUAGGAGCUGUAAUUCCAGCAAAUUAGGGUAAUGGAUACCUUUUUGCAGUUUUGAAUAAAAGCAGUUACAAUUUCUAAAUUACUUUACAAAGUCCUUACAAUUCCUACAUGUCACCUCAUGGCAUGUGACUUAAUAUUGUUUUAUAUUAAACUAGAGGCCCGGUGCACGAAAUUCAUGUACUGGUAGAGUCCCUAGGCCUGGCUGGCGAUCAGGGCCUAUCUGUGGGGCAACCAGCGGGUGAUUUGGGGGCCCCCGUUGGCACCUGCCUUGGCUGGCCUGGGACUUGCGGGCUGGGGGCAGCUCCUGUGUUGAGCAUCUGCCCCGUGGUGGUCAGUGGGCGUCAUAGUGACCGGUUGUUCCGCCAUUCGGUUGAUUUGCAUAUUAGGCUUUUAUUAUAUAGGGUGCUCCCUUUGCCCAUUGUGCCACCAUUUAUUCCAGUGCCACUAGUUCUCAAAGUGCAUUUAGAGACACAGUAACUGAGUCCAUGGUCACACCCCUUCACCCGCUGUGUUUCCUGGAGACCCGUCUUCAUCCGUCUCCCCGGCAUGCAGCUGACAGUCACGAUGCCCAGCAAGCAGUCUGGCUGUGACUGCGAGAACUCUUUUGUGCCUUUUGGGUGUCAACCUUACAAUAAAUGUGUAAGUUAGGAACAUAUGAACUGAUGUUGAGUAUAUCUUUCACAUGAAUUCCCUUUGGAUAAAAUUAUUUCUCGAUGUGCUACAAUAGUGCCUUGUUUUCAUUCUUAUUCUCUAAAUGUUAUCAAAACUAGUAGAAAAGUUUGAAAUAAAGUGAAUGUAGUAUAUUA